UAUAUUUUAUUGAACUUUGGAAAUAAAGUAUUAUAAAAAAAAAAAUAGAACGACCCCCCGGGGCUUCUUGAUGACGUGUAUUGAUUGCCGCAGUUAAAGAGGUGAUCACCAUGGUAACACAUCCCUGGAUCAGACGGCUUGUGGCUGCCUGCCUCUUUAAGAGGAUUGAGAAACUACCAAUUACAGUCUGGUUUGCUGCCGUCUUGUCAGUAGAGUCCCAGCUGAACAUCCCUGCCGUCUCCUACUGAAGCUGAAACCAGAGAAGGAGGAAGAAACAGCCGUGGAGAUGAGCACCGGAGCGGGCAUCGACUACAGCCGCUGGGAUCACAUCUAUGUGUCCGACGAUGAAGACGCGUCCAGUCCGUACGUCGACACGCAGAGCCUGUUCAGGAUGAGACACCGGGUCAGCAGCAGGGACACGUGUAGUAGCCGUGAUACCUGGCCCGGGUGGAGAGGAUGGCCGAGUUUCAGCAGAAAGGGGAAGAUCUGGAGAAUAACGUAUUAGAAUGCAAGAGGCUACUAGAGGAAGCCCAGGGACGACUUAAGGAGCUGGAAGAAGGAAGGAAAGAGGGAGAGGAGGAUGAGGACAGAGAGGCCCAGCUGAAGAAAGUCCAGGCCGAGGUGAGAAAACUUAAGAAGGAUGAAAAGUCGUUUGAGAAAAUGAUCGAACAACACAGGCGAGAAGAAAAGAAACAGCCCUGGGAUGUUGACACUAUCAGCAAAGAAGGUUUCAGCAAGAGUAUACUCAACAUCAAACCGGUGACAAAGGAGGAAACGGAGGAGGAAAAGGUGGAGAAGCACAAGACGUUUGUGGAGAAGUAUGCAAAGGAAAUCAAACACUUUGGUUUGAUGCGGCGCUGGGACGACAGUCAGAAAUAUCUAUCAGACAACCCACAUCUGGUGUGCGAAGAGACGGCUAAUUGCCUUGUUGUCAUCUGUAUUGACUUUGAGAUAGAUGAGAAACACGCGCUGAUGGAGCAGGUGGCUCACCAGGCCAUCGUCAUGCAGUUCAUCUUGGAUUUGGCUCGGACGCUUAAGGUCGACGCAAGAGGCUGCUUCAGACAAUUCUUUUCAAAGAUCAAGACUGCAGACAAGCCAUACCAAGACGCGUUCGACCAUGAGCUGGAGCUGCUGAAGGAGCGGAUCCGCAGCUGUGCGCAGAUUCGUAUGGAGGGCACCAUGAAGGAGCUAGAGGAAGAAGAGAAGCAGAAGAGACUGGGCCCAGGUGGUUUAGACCCUGUAGAGGUCUAUGAAACACUACCAAAGGAAAUACAGAAGAGCUACGAUGAGAAGAACAUUGAGAUGCUGCACGAAGCUAUAAACAAACUGGACCUUGAGGAAGGAAAAUACCACCUCAGGAGGUGUAUUGACUCUGGACUUUGGGUCCCUGAUUCAGAGGAGGGUGAUGAUGAAGAGGAAGAAGAUUCAUAAGAGAAGAAAGAACAAUCCUUGUUAGUUGACAAUGGAUGUGGACAAGUCCAACAGUGUGCAAGUAAUGCUUCAUACAUGCAACAUAAUGUACAUAUACUAGGGCUGUCAAUCGAUUCAAAUGUUUGAUCGCGAUUGAUCGCGUGAUUGUCCAUAGUUAAUUGGAAAUUAAUCACAGUUUUUAUCUGUUCAAAAUGUACCUUAAAGGGAGAUUUGUC